GACGUCACAAUUUACACUUUACUUUCUUUCGGAAAUAAAGACGUAUUAGCUUAGAUUUUCCUUCUUUGACAAGGCAGCAUCAUAAAAUAGAAGAAGAAAAAUUGUCUAUCUCUAUUUGGUGUUAUAUUUUUGUCUUAUAUUUGAAAUUAGUUAUAAAUAUGAACCUAAAUAAACCAGAUUUGGAGGGUACAGCUCAUUUAUUAGAUGAACUCGAUAAAAAAUUAAUGGUGUUACUUAGAGAUGGAAGAACUUUAAUAGGAUACUUAAGAAGUGUAGAUCAAUUUGCGAAUUUAGUUUUACAUCAAACUAUCGAACGUAUACACGUUGGAACUGAAUAUGGUGAUAUUCCGAGAGGCGUUUUCAUUGUAAGAGGAGAAAAUGUAGUUUUAUUAGGAGAAAUAGACGCGGAAAAAGAGGGAGAAUUGCCGUUAACUGAAGUUUCCGUGGAUAGUAUAUUAGAUGCUCAAAGGAAAGAGCAAGAAUUGAAACAGGAAAAACAGAAAUUGUUAUCGCAGGCUUUAAAAGAGAGAGGGUUACGUCUAAUGCAAGAACUAACUCAUGACGAUAUGUUCUAAUUAUAUUUGAUCAAUACUUUGUUUUCAAUUUUAUUAUGUAUUAUAAGGAAAUUCGUGAUCAUAAUUUUUUUUAUUCGCAUUAUACACUCUAAGGCUUAGGAACCAUCCUAAUAAUCUGAUAAGGAACUUAAUGAUACCAUCCCACCAGUGGAAGCUGAGAAGACAUUACACUUGUGAUUUCUUAAUAGAUUUUAGAACUGUUGGACUAUGUAAAAUUGUAAAUAAAAGGAAAUAGUAACAACAAAUUUGCUCAAUGUAAUUACUUUACAGAUUGCUAAUACAGUGGUAUAUUAGAAAUCAGUUUUUUGUGUUGUAAAGUGAAAAUAUUUUAAAAAUUGUUUGCCAAACAUGCUGAGCAUAAUUCUGUUGUAGUAGUGGUUUAUAUUUUGCGGUGUUUAAAUUAAUUUUUGUUACAACAUAUCGCGCAUCCCCUCAAAUAGUGUCAUAAUUCAAAAAACAAACUAUCAAGUAAUAAGUGUUUUCAUUAGAUAACUCAUCAACCUACAAAGUUACCGCAAUAGUAACUAUUCAUAUUACAUUUUUUAAGAUAAGAUUUUUCGGUUUUCUUGUAUAAUAAAAGAGAUUUUCCAAUUUUUUGACUAAUGACACUAUUCUAGCGGAUGUGGGAUAUAUAUUUAUAUAAUAAUUCCAAUUAAUGACAAUAUAUUUCUCUACAAUUAAACUUGAAAUAGUGAGAUUGUUAUCCAUUUGACAUAAAUGUACACUACCUCCCCAACAGUUUUCCAGAAUACUUAUGAUGGAAUCAAAAUUAGAACAAGUAAUAAAGAAUACCAUGGAAAA